UAAGAUGGAAUUUCCCCCCUUUUUCUUACAACUCGCCACACUCAUAUAGCCACAAAAAUACCACACAGUGUGUGUCCAUUUGGGAGAGAGAGAAAAAAUUCCUCAUUUUGUACAUAUAAAACCCAUAUAUAUAUAGCGCGCAAUGUAUAUAAAUUUUUGUGAUGUCUGUGCUAUUUGAUUGCCAUACACACUCGUUAUUUUUUCGGUGUUUGAGCGAUGCUCUUGUGCGUUUCUCCCGAUGUCAUCGUUGUCAGUCAUUGAGAGAGUGUCGCACAAGUAACACGCAAAGUGAGCAACACACUUGACCAUUAAACUGCGGGAUCUCUUGUUGGAGGGAAAGAAGAUAAGUUAGUUGCAAGGACUCAUCGGAGAAAGUGUGCACACCAAGAUUUGCGCCACACCAAAUGUGCAUUUGUGUUUUUAUGACAAAAUCGAGGAAGCAAGAAUUCUCACAAGAUCGUGAAAUAAUCUUAUAUCCAUUCAAUCGCCCAAAAUCCGACAGGUUAACAUAGAGAGAGGGAGAGAGAGAGAGAGACUUGUGUACAUCAGCCUGUAUAUGCUUUUUUCUCCUCCUCGCAAUAAGACCCCAGAGAUCAAGCCAGAGUUGGAAAUAUAUAUAAGUGGAGUGUUGUGAGUUAUUCAAUUGUAAUACACAUUUCUUCUUCUUCUUCUCCACUGGUGCGCCGCGAGAGAAGGGAAAAGAGUCAAGUGUGUGGUGUGCUGUAUGAGGCCACAAACAAGAAAAUCAAAAGUAAAAGUGAUUCUUCUAACACAGACCCGCGUACUAUAACGUGAAACAAUAUAAUUUAGUGGUGUAAUUAUGUCAUGCACUCAAGCAGUUAAUGAAAAUAACACAACUAUAUCGAUCUGAGCUGUGCUUGAUGAAGACAAUACCAGAGAGAAGUGCAUGAGGCCAAUUUCCCGCUCUCAAUUUUAGGACUACUUGACUGUUACAAGACUUUCGUGAUCUUUUAGUCGUGAUACUUUCCCUGCGUAAGGAAUGAGCCCUGAGGACGAUAUUCGCUCAGAGACGAGAGUGCCAACAAUAGACGUGAUGUCUGCUGGACGUGGUUGGCAACCACUCCCACAGUCCGAAGACGACAUUGCCAAUUCAACGAGCAAGUUCAAAGGAGAUGUGGCAGCAUCACCGAACACGUCACCCUUGAAGAAUGGUCGAAAUGGCAUCACAAAGAACGUGAAUGGGUGUCACACGUGGAGUCCAUUGUUACCCACUGACGAGCGACUGGCCAACAACAAUGAUUGGUCAAAAGGUCCAUCACAUCUCGCAGCCAACAGUCACCAACCUUUGCCGAACAGAGACACCCGAAAUGGUGGUUGGCGCGAGUUACCGCAGAGCGAGGAGCAGUCUAAUGGGAAGCACAGUGGCCAAGGUAACAACAACAGUUCACUGCUGGUCAACGGCAAGACAGGGUUCACACACCCCAAGAAUGGACACGCGGACAAGAUGCCUGCCGAGGCAGAUCCACUAACAGGACGACGGCCGUUCCCUGAGGACGAGACGAGUUGUGGCAUUGGCUCCUGCAAGCCCAAGUGGGCGCGCAGUUUCGCCACAACACACGUCUUCAUGGUUGUGUUCUUGCUGGCAUGGAUUUUGCAGGGAAUGUACUACACAUACUUCGUGAGUGUGAUAACGACAAUCGAGAAGCUGUUCCAGAUCAAAUCCAAGACGACGGGCAUGCUGAUGAGCGCCACGGAAGUGGGUCAAAUCAGCACCGCCCUCUUCCUCACCUACUACGCCGGCCGAGGACAUCGACCCAGAUGGAUCGCCUGUGGCAUGGUGCUGUUUGCAAUCGCCUCCUUUGGCUGCACACUGCCGCACUUUAUCUAUGGCGACCAACUUCUGCACGCCAGCAACGUCUUCAAUGGCAUCGGCGGGAAUUCCAAGACGUUCGACAGCGCCUCCCAAGGCGUGUCACUAGUCACAAACUCUCCCACGAGUGUCCUUCUCUCCGAGUCAAAUCUCAAUCUCUGUCUCAUCUCUGACAACAACAGCACCCUCGGCUCCGAAGGAGAUUGUCAAAGUGAAAUACUAGUUGAGCAAGAGAAUCACUCCCAGCUCACAACAGUUGUACUGGUGAUCUUCUUCGUGAGUCUCUUGGGUGUCGGAGUGGGUCAAACGGCUGUGUCGACGCUGGGCAUCCCGUACAUCGACGACAACGUGGCGAGUCGAGAGUCUCCAAUCUACAUUGCGAUCACGAUCGGCGUUCGAAUCCUCGGACCCGCUGCAGGCUUCAUCUUGGGCUCCUUCUGCACGCGCGUGUACGUGAACAUAUCCGUGGACCCGGGCAUCGGGCCCGCCGAUCCCAAAUGGGUGGGCGCUUGGUGGUUGGGUCUCGUGCUGGUAUCUUCCCUCAUGGCUCUCACGUCGCUGGCGAUGUUCUCCUUCCCGAAGCACCUGCGAGGCAACCGGAUACCGCCGCCUGAGAAGAUGCGAGCCAUUGAGGCGCAGAAGAAGAUGGAGAAGCAAGAGGAGGAGUACAAGACGCCCCAGCUCAAAGACUUCCCCAAGACGAUCAAGCGACAACUCCGCAAUGACAUCCUCAUGUUCCGGACAGCUUCGUCUGUGCUCCAUCUCCUCCCCGUGGCCGGUCUUUACACCUUCCUGCCCAAGUACAUGGAAUCUCAGUUCCGACUCACGGCGCACGAUGCCAAUCUGAUCUCUGGUGUGGGUGGCAUCCUCGUGAUGGGCGUGGGUAUUGUCAUUAGUGGCGUGGUGAUCCUGAAGUUCAGUCCCACAGCACGAUCUGUGGCCGCAUGGAUUGCCUUCACAGCAAUGGUUUACGCCUGUGGCAUGGCAAUCCUCAUGUUCGUCGGCUGUCCCAUGGACGAUCUUGUUGGCUUCCGGCCAGACAAUCGGGCGCCAUUGCCCAAAUUCGAGCCUCCGUGCAAUCUCACGUGCCAAUGUGACAUGGAUCGUUUUUCACCCAUUUGCGGUUCUGAUGGACUCACUUACUUCUCCUCCUGUCACGCCGGCUGCAACGCCAGUAUCACAAAGAACGGACAGAUGACAUUCACCGGAUGUCAGUGCAUUCCACCCAAUCUGGACAGCCCAUAUCAUCCAGACGCUGUCAGCGGCUAUUGUGAUGGCAAUUGCAAGAACUUCUGGCUCUUCAUCUCCCUUUUCUCCUUCUUCGUCUUCAUGCACAGCACAUCCGAGGUGGGCAGCAUGCUGCUCAUCAUGCGAUGUACAGAUCCUAAAGACAAAGCCAUGGCAAUGGGAAUCAUUCAGUUUGCUAUAGGCCUGUUCGGGAAUGUGCCCUGUCCGAUAAUUUACGGAGCCGUUGUGGAUUCGGCGUGUCUAGUGUGGGAGACAGUUUGCGGAAAACCAGGAGCUUGUUCACUCUACAACAUUACAACCUUCCGACAUCUCUUCCUUGGAGCCACAGCGGGAAUAAUGGCCCUCGCCUUCCUCAUGGACCUGGUCGUGUGGAAGAAAGCACAUCGAAUUGAUAUCGACCCUGGGUCUAACUCAGAGACUGACCAAGAGAAAUCAACAGUGCCUGAAUCACGUGUUUAAUAAGUUAUUAAUGUUAGAAAUUUUUAUUGAGAUAUAGCUAUACUAAUAAUAAUUGUACAUAUUACCUAUCCAUUUUCGAAUUACGAAAUGUGGAUGAUUGUGUAGGAAAAGCAUCGAAUUACCGAUGGUCUUUAAAGUUUUGUUAACUAAGAUUUACUCUAGAAGUCCUAAUAAAAUUUGAAAAAAAGAAAAUUGAGACGAGAUGCAGAUAUAUAAUUUCUCGAGAUGUAAGAAAAUGAAUAAUUGGAUUUUACUAUAAUCGGUUUUAAAAGUAACGAUAGACUAAAUAGCUAUGAAUUCUUUGUAGAGACUUCAUCGCUAGAUAUAUUUCUCUUGCUUAUUUUGUAUGUCUUAUAUAGUAUAUUAUACACUAUUUUCUAGAUGAGAAAGAGAAACAUUGUGUUAUUAAUAUUAAUAAUAAUUUUACAUUUGUAAUUUUUAUAUACAAAAUGUGUGAGCAAAUGAAAAAUCUCAGUUAAUUUCUUUUCUAUAAAUCAAAAUAUUUUAGAUAAUUUUCCUUAUGAUCCCCAUAUUUCCCAAUAAUUGAAGAAUCUUUCGUAUCGGCAAUUUUUAUAUUUUACUACCUAUUUUAUAUUCUUUGUGCUAGUCUCAAUGUAUCCAACUACUUUUUAUGAGUUUCUCAUCACAAAGGGCAAUGUGUAAUUAUGUAUAUUGAUUCCUAUACAUGAGAGAAUUAACUAAAACACACUGUUAAUCCUGGGUUAAAUCACAACGUUCACGCGCACUGCAUUUUUUUUUUCAAUAUUUCAAGUAAAUAAAAAACACGGAAAAGGAUAAAUACUGUGCCAUAGUAUUGAGUAUUUCUUUUUGUUUAAACACACAGGAGAACAAGAAGUUUGUUGCAAAAUAUGAGAUCAUGAAUUCAGCUAGUGAUCAUUUUAGUUGUUUAGUCAAUAUUUUAUAUAAGUGAAUUUAUAGAAAAAAAUAUACGUAUAUGCUUACAUUUUUAGUAUAAAUGUAUAACUUUUUAUAUGCAUAUUAUAGAGAAAAAAAUGUGACGACUCAAUUUUUUUCCUUCACUAUUAAUUGUAGGAAUUCCAUAAAAAUUGUCCUCUAUAUAGAAACAAUUCAAUCAGGUUACAAAAAACUGCCCAAAACUCUUUUGCAGAAGGAAGAAAUUAUAAAUCUAAUGUUAUAUUAUCGCAGAGUAUAUAAUUCUAUAAAAUGCCAGUAAAAGGAAUUAUAUAAAAUAAUAUUUUCUUUAUUUGAUUUUUUUUUAUUAUUACUGCAUUUCUCAAUAUUUUUCCUCGCAAAAUAUUUUGAAAUGAUUUUUAUACCUCAGUGGUUUUUUUGUCUUUAGAUAUUUUAUAAAAUACAAACUAAUGUUAUGUUUUAGAUUUUAUCGCCCUUGACAAGAGAAAUAUCACAAAAAAUCAGAGAAAAAAUAUACCUACAAUAUUUAUAUUUUUUAUAACAGGACCGAAAAAGAAAAAAAAGAAUAUUUUCUUUGUUUUUUAUUGCUAUUAAAAGAAAUUU